AUGGCUUCUGCAUCGAAUCAAUCUCAGCAGCAACAACCAAUUAACUAUUCGGCUGAUGCUCAAACAACAACGCCGUCAAAUACAACAGCAAAGACUCCGGUUACUUUUGAUGAAGAUUUGUUUCUUUUUCUUCCUCGUCUUGGUGAUAUUCUGAAAAGUUUUGACAAAAACUCCACGGAAUUCAAAACUAAAUUAGAAGAUCUUCGAAAACAAUUCGAAGCUUGUCAAGACAUGGUGUCGCGAGUCGAAGGAAUCGAUACAACUCUCGACGAUCAACGUUCAGAACUCGACCGACUCGACAAUGAACUAAAAUCCAAGACUGACUUGCUCAAAAAACACAUCCAAAUGUGUAAAUUCGACUUAAACAUGCCACCUAAAGCACCACGAACGACAUCUGAAACAGAAGAAGACUUAGUGAGCAAUCCUCUAGAAAAUCCCUCCAAUGCAAUGAAUAUAAACGAUGAUGAUGAUGAACUUUUCCAUUCGGAUGAAAAUCCCAAUUCCCAACAAGAAACUCACAAUGAAAAUCUUUCUUCAUUUUUCCCCUAA